CAAAUUUCUAAGGCUGGCAGGGGGUAUGGUCACAAAUUUUAUUGAAUAAUAUGUGAAUACGAUGAAGUACACAUACACGUGAUAGAGAUAAAAAAAUAAAAUAAAUAACAGAUAAAAUCAAGAAAUAAGCUUUUUUAGGUCUUCUAUACUUAGUGGAAUAUAUAAAGCUAGAAAAUUAAACCUCCAAGAUUUUUAGGGUAAGAAUGAAUUCGGAGUUGAAAUAAUCCGGUUUAUUAUGAGCCGGUUCAGUAUGAACUAAUUGGUCCUUUUGGAUAUAUAUUUUUUUUUAUGAAUAUGAAAUAAACUAUGAACAGUGUUAGGAUAGACAAUAGACAAACAUUUGGAGGAUUUAAAUGGAAAUGCACUUUUAUACUUGCAACAUGUAGAUUUAUCAGGAAGACAUCCAAGAGAGGAAGACAGCCUGGCGGUCCUUUUUUUAUACAAGCCAUUAGAUUUGGCUGAAAGUUUGGUAAACGUCAUUGAUUACUUGGGUCAAAAUGUCGUUGGUUCAACAAUAGUAUAAUCCUCCAUCAAUUUUCAUCAAAGCAUGAGGGAGGAUGUGUGGGAACUCAGGAAAUAAAUUAAAAAUCAUAAAAGAUGAAUUCCAAAGGAAUUGAAAUGUAAAAAAAAAUGUUUGCCAGUAUAUUUCCUUUUAGUCAAGGGAACACAAACAUUUUCUUAUGGACCCCUAAAUGCAUAUAAUUAGAAAAAAGUUUUGUUAAUCUCAAGUAUACAUUUAGAUGCUGUAAUAAAUUCAGAAACUAUUAAGACAAAAAAAAAAAAAAAAAUAGAAAACUACAAAGAGCAACAAGAAGAUAACCAAUGAUGGCAUUUGUUUCCCAUGCUUAAUGUAGGGACUACGAAAUUAAAAAGUACAUGAAUAGCCUAGUUAUUUGUUUGGGAAAUGGAAACAAUGUGUUUAUUCGGUGACACUUUUUCCGUGGUCUGAAAAAAAGCCUACAAAAGAUCAAUUAAUAAUGUGAUAAUCUGUGCUUGCAUUGGUCCUUUGCAAGAAGCCUUCUUGACUUUGUCUAAAAGCUACAGACUGAGGAACAAAGCAGCCGAAAGCUCCAAAAUAAAAAGAAAAUGUUGAGGAAAGAAAACUACUAUAUCAAAAGAAACCAAUGUUUCUUCUGGUAAGUACUUAAUAGUUGUCCGUUUCUGACAAAUGAAAAAGUUGACGUUUCAAAUUGGGACAUUAUCUUGCAAGUUACUUGAAACUUAAUAUACGUAGUCUUUAAAAUUGAUUAAUGUUACUGAGAUUUGCCUCUUUGGUCAAAGAUCCAAUUUUUUAUUUAUUAAUGUUAAAUUUUGUAUUCUGAUUUUCUAUAGACGAUAUAAUAUUUCCUUUUCAGUACAUAUUUUAAUUAGAGAAUUCUUGCUUGUGUGAAAUAUAUCUGUAAAGAAGGACUAUUGAAGGCAGUGCAGUGUUGCCUUUCUGAAACGUCAACACAAUUGUGGUGGCGAGAUUUCGUGUUUGUACUCUAGGUUAUACCCAGCCUCGUCUGUCACUUUACGUUCUUCGUUCUAGUCGACAGGAUCGGAGAAAGCGAUGGCUCCAAAACAACGGAUGCGAUAUGCCAAUGAAAAAGCUAGUAAAUUCGUCACCAUGAGGGGAAAUGUCCCUAAAUCGACGAAAGCACUAGAAGAAAAGUACCCUGUAGGCCCUUGGCUUCUGGCUCUUUUUGUUUUCGUUGUCUGCGGUUCAGCUGUAUUCCAAAUUAUUCAGAGUAUAAGGAUGGCAUGAGAAGUCACAAGAAAAAGGAUAAUGGCAGUCCAAAUAUAAUAAAUAAUAGCACAACUUCCAUCAGUGAUAAUCCCUGGAUUGCAUCCUGGCAUUAAAUUAUAUCCUACUUUGUUUAAAUGAAUUUUUAAUUUUUGUUCCUCUUAUUAAAAAAUUUCAUUGCAUUUAUUAUAUUUAAUGUAAAAGACAUAUAACAUCACUCUUCUUUAUUAGAUAGCUCAACUCUUAAAGAAUGUAAAUAAUGUUGUUUAAGAUAGAAGUAAUAUUGUAUAUUGCUUGCAUUCCAUUAAAGGAGAACUCGAAUUGAAGAAGAAAGCUUCUGAAUAAAGACUUUUUACUAAUAUUGUUGUAAUGAUUAUAUUUAUUGAUUGUGAUUAUUAAAAUGAUGGUUCAUUUUAAUUAAAUAACCUAUCUUUAUCCAUUCAAGGUUAUCAAAACUCUAAACAAAGUCAAGAUAAACCAAUCCAGCUGAAUCAACAUAUUUCUUGUUUUGCAGUUGUUCACGCUUGUUUACUAUCUGCAACUCUUUUAUUUAUGGAUGUUACGCUUUUAAAAAUGGUUAACCUACUAAAUAUUAUUCUUGAUUUUCUUUUUCUUUUGUAAUUUACUUAGAAAGUGUAAUUUUUGCUUUAAAAAAAAUAUUAACUUAACGAUUGAUAUAAAAACAGGAUGUUGUUGGAAUCAUCCAAUAGUAUUUGAUUAAAUAAUAGUCCUUUCACUAAGAUUGGUGAUAAAAUAAUCUAUUGAUAAAAAGAUUAAAACAUGUUAGACUGAUAUUUUAUUUUUUUUUAUGUUGAAAGUUAAAAUAUGCUAUAAAAAUUCUGUAAAUAUCUUUAAAAUAUUCAAUUACAUUUCCUGUAAAAAUAAUUCAUUAAAAAAUCAUGAUGUAAAAUUAGCUGUUUUGAAUGUAAGAUUGAAUAAAAGUAAAACAAUACUGAUUUUUCAUUUAAAAUUAUUAUAAUAAUCUAAAAUCUUAGUUUUUUUUACAAACAUGAUUAAAACCUUUUUUUAAUUGAUACAAAUAAAGCAGAACAAAGUUAUAUAUAAAUCACAAAAUUUGUUAAAAGAUAAAAAAGAAAAAUCUUAUGUCUCUCUAUUAUAUUCAUUAAAUUUAAUUUUCUCAUAUCCAGUUUGAUGGAUGAUUCUAUUGAAUUAUACCAGCUAAAAAAUUUUCUUUUAAUUGUAAUGUUCUAAAAUUUAUUAAGUACUAGAAUGGAUAUGUGCUUUAAUAAAGAAAAAGCAAACAAAAUUAGAAAGCUGGCCUUGUAAAUAGUGGAACUUCAGCUAUACCCUAAUAUUAAAAGUUUUAUUAACAGUACCAAGAGGAAUAUUUGUUACUGCUAUGGUCACAAAAACUAUCUCUCCUAAAUAAAGAUUUCUUAGAAGAAUCACCCUCCAAGAAUGUAAUUCUGAAAAAACAAAAUUAAUCUGUUAAUUCUCAACUGAAAAAUGUAUUUUA